AUCUGAUAGUAGCACCAGCAUCGGCAAGCCCAAGAAUUGUAGGGUGCCGAUCGAGCGUAAUGGCACAAUUCCGGCCGAAAAAGCUCGACUUGGCUGGCUUUAUCAACAUCAAGAUCAUCCGAGAUCACGGCAAACGAAAAGCCUAUGAGCAAUUCGAACCUCAAAGGCAAGCAUUACGAUACGUUAUCCGAAACACCACUCUUCCACAAUGGAUGCGAACACAAGCCCAACUGGAACUGCAGAAAAUGCAUUGCUACACGAGACCUACUCAAAUCAAAAACAGAUGUGUCAUGGGAGGUGUAGCAAGAAGUGUCUUUAGAGAUUUCAGGAUGGGACGUUUCCAAUUCCGCAUGCAUGCCCUCGACGGACUGUUACCUGGUGUCAAGAAAGCAAGUUGGUGAUCUGUAAAAACAUUCAAGAGCCUUGAUCUGUGGCAUAACGAGGCCUGGAGUUGGAUUGUACAUAUACUAGACGAGACACGGAUACAAUGACUACCUCUUCAACUACCGAACAAAUGCUACCUCAUUCUGGACAUGCGAAAUACGAAUGGCAAGGUCAUUAAUGUGAGCCAACGGCCCGUCAAACCAUUGCCCAGCAUCUUCUGGG